UCGUCGUGAUUGUGGCUAACUUGACGCUACCGCAGCAGGAAGAGACAGACAGCCCGGUUUGUGUUUGCUGUGGCUGACAGCGUGAAGGAAAAGAUGUGAUAGUUUCUCUCAUCAUUUAAUUUUAUUUUUAACAUAAGGUAAAGGUCAGGAGCAAAUGAUUAAUUUCAACCUGUCAAGUGUUUUGCUUCUCAGAGGGAAAAUGAAGAUGCUAGUGCGGACAAGUGCAGCUGCACGCACAGCCCGCUGUUUCCGUUAAUCUCCGAAGGCCCCGCCUCCAAGGAGAAGGACACCUAUCAGUGAUGGUUAUGGAGGAUGAUGGACGUCCCUACAGCCAAUCAGAGCCAGACACCCUGCCAGCAGUGGGCGGGCCAGAACGGCUGGUCCACAGCUUCUCCUCAAGGACCUCCUCCCUUCAACCCUCUGCCCAGCUUUCAGCAUCUCAACCUGGGCUUCACUUCUGACCAGAUACCCUCCUAUGACCACCUGCAGCCAUCCAACCAGGGCUGCCUGAGCCACCCCAGAAACAACACUCAUCAUAGCUUAGUGUAUUCUAAUAAUGCUGACCACAGUGUGCAGCAUAGCGUUCAUGAUCCCCAUGUUUCACCCAUAGUUCCAGCUUCAAACCCAGGAAAAAAUAUACCUCCAUGUUCUCUUCCCCUUAUAAAUGAAAGAACGCAGUCUUGCAAGCUCCAACAAAUGUCACUCUACUCCCCUCACGGCCCUCACCAAGCAAUAUCUGCCCCUUUCCAGGCUCCAUAUACACAUCAAGGUUUACUGAAUGGACCUCAGUCGCCACAUCAACCCUUUAGCCCUCCAUCAUUUGGACAAAAUGUGAAUCAGAGUCCACAGUUUACAUUUGAUAGGGCGAAUGUGGAGUCUGCUGUCAAUGCUGGAUAUAUCCACAAUCAUGCCGUGCCCACCUCUCCUGUCCAGCAGCAGCCUCAGUGGACUCUCCCACCUUACAACAGAGGAGCCAUAAAUGAGUUUGUCCCUGAUGCAGCUGCACAGGAGAGGAGCAAUGCGCCACAGUCUCCCAACUCUGAGUCUCGUUAUGGCCUGGACCCAGAGCUCCUUCCCAGUGCUGUGAAAGUGAUGGCAGAGGACAGGGCGGAGUGGGAGGGGAAGGUCUUCGUCUCAGAGCCUUUUUCCCAUCUUCCUCCUCUAGCAACUACUUCCUGUAUCAUAGAGGACAGAGGUAAUGCGAGUCCUUGUGUCAUCCGCUCCACCUCAUACUGUGUGCCCUGUGAAGGUCAGACCGCCCUACUCAGCCGUCUGCCGCUGGGAGCUCUGGUCACCCCUCUGGCAAAACAAAACGCUAAAGAGAAGCCCCUGCCACUGUGCAAAGAGCCAGAGUGUGUUGUGGGUUGUUCCUGGUGUGGGGCCUCUAUGUGCCCUGCCAUGGGCUGGCAGGACUGUGGUCAGAGGUUUUACUGCCCCUUCUGUGGGAAACUCAACGAAGUGUCGUGGCAACACUACCAGCCAACCAAAGGAGUGGACGGGUUCCGGGUCGAUAAAGACACAAGGCCUGAACUCCAUAUGGGGUCGUAUGAGAUCCUCAACUCUCAGAAGGGUGAACCUGCCGCACUGAUUCUAGCCAUAGAUGUGUCUGCCUCAGCACUGAGAGGAGGACAUUUAGAGUUUGUAACACAACAAAUACACAGUCUGCUCACCUCUCUGAACAGGGAGGAUGGUGACGUCCGUAUCGGUUUGAUGACGUACGACAGCAGGAUCCACCUGUACGACCUCAGCCCCGCCCUUUCUCGCCCACACAUGCUGGUCAUCACAGAGGCGGAAGACCUACAACUUCCUGUGAGGGAGGGGCUUCUGGUGUCCCUGAAAGACUGUAUAGAGAGCGUUGACAGUGUGCUGCAACUUAUUCCUCAGUUUAGUCUGGAGUGUGAUGACUCCAGUGGAGUUCCCAUGGAGCUGCCUGUUAAAGCAGGACUAGCCGUACUGCAGGCCCUGAGUUCUCCUGGCAAGUUGCUCAUCUUCCAUACCGCCCCUCUGAUAGAGAUGGGACACACACACUCCUCCUCAGGGUUCUUUGGCUCCAACAAACCAAAGUCCAUCUUUCAGCCGUCGGAACCAGCCGUCUCAUUGGCCAAGCAGUGCGUCAGUCAGGGCUGUGGCGUUCACCUUUUUGUCCUCUCCCAGCAAGACGUGGGCGGGGCUUGGCCGGGGCACAUUCCAUAUCUAACAGGUGGAGCUCUGUACACCUACAGCCACCUUCAGGGGGAAUUGGACAGGGAGCGUUUUAGCGCCAAUCUAAAAAGGAUCGCAGAGAUGGACACAGGCUACAAGGCUGAGCUCAGGAUUUUUGUUAGCAAAGAUUUGCGUGUGUCCGGCUGUUAUGGGCUGUUCGUCCCCGGUCCUAGCCCAAGCCAGGUCACCAUGGCGACCCUCGAUUGGCAGACAACACUGGCUGUGGAGCUUGCACACACCAGAGCUCUGGAUAAGACGAGAGGUGUAGCCAUACAGGUUGUAUUGUCUUACAGCACGCAGACUGGAGACAGGAGGACCAGGGUUCACACUCUGACUCUGCGGUGCUCAACCCACCUGCAGGAAGCUUUCCGGCACUGCCAGGCCCAAACACUACUCGCCUUCUACUGCAAGAAGAUGUAUUGCGCCGUGUUGGAGCGCCCUCUACAGGAGCUGAGGGAGGAACUGCAGACAGAGGUAACAGAAGCGUUGGCGUCCUACCGUAAACACUGCUGCUCUUCUUCAGUGUCUGCUGGACAGCUGGUCCUCCCUCAGUACCUGCGAGCUCUCCCCGUUUACAUCAACAGUUUGAGGAAGAGCGAGGUGCUGCUGCCAGGCCUGCGGAGCUCCGUCCACCAGCGGCUGCAGCAGCGCUGCCAGGUGCUCGGCAUGGACACGUUCACCACCGCCACACACUUCUACCCUCUGCUGCUGCCUCUGCCACUGUCAGUUGACGGUUCCAGCCCUUCAAACCCAGAGGAGGUGCUGCGCUGCUGUGCCGCCAGCCUGGAGCCCAGAGGUCUGUAUUUGGUUCAUGCACCCCUCACCCUGCUGCUCUGGGUGGGCAGCCAAGUCCCAGCAUGCACCUUGGUGGAGCUCUUCAAUACCAGCUGCUUCUCCUCUCUGCCCUCUGGAGAGACCAAGCUCCCUGCUCUGGAAAACCCUCUGUCCAUCAGUAUUCGAUCACUCAUCAACACACUAAACUCCCAGAUACACUGCGCCCGCAAGCUGUGGGUGGUGAAGCAGGGCGACACCUGCGAGGAGACCCUGCAGCGCCACCUGGUGGAGGACAAGAGUCCUAACGGAGGAGCGUCGUACGCAGACUUCCUCUACCAUCUCCACGUCAACUCCGUCCGAGUGUUGCAAUGACCGACAUCGCACACACACACAUUUUCUGACCUGCCUGGCUGCAUUAUCAGGGUAUCUGCAGGUCUGGAACAGUCUUAAAAGGCGUUGAUUUAGACUUCCUCAAAAAAAGGCCUUAGAAGGUAUUUAAAACUUUUAAAUUUCAUUCACAAAGGUCUUAAAUAUUUUUUUCUAGCCUGCCAUAGACAGUAAUGUUAGUUAUAAAAUGUAUUUUUUUGUGGUUUUAGUAAAACCUGGCCCGAAAAUCCUCAUUAUUGUUUCAGACCUCUAACCUUAAAUUAAUUAGUUAUUUUUUAAUUGGUUUAAUUGGUCAAUCUAUCCAUCCUUCCAUUCAUCCAUUUUUUUUUUUGCUGCUUAUCCACAUUUUAAUGGUAAUGAUUGGUAUAUACUGCCAGGAAAUAACGACAAAAAAUUAAAUUUAAAUAAAUUGCACUUGGUAAAUAAUUCUAGUCCUUAUCAUCACUAAUGGUUUUUAUUGAUAUCUUUCAUAUUUUGACCAUGAAACAGGAGUUUAAUCGCAUUCUCUGUUGUAUUUAAAGAGUUUUAAAUGUACCUUGGUGAAGCCUGCAGAAACCCUGAUGAUGUACAACAAGAGCUGACACCGCAGCGUAUUCAGCUAAAAAUAAACAGUAUUACUAGACAAUAGUAUUACAUUAUAAUUUGGAAAUAUUAAAGGCCUGUUGUCAGAGAAUCAGACAGCAUGGGGACAUUUUAAGAAACACAUGAUUUAAUUUAUUUAACGACUGCUGUGAUAUAAUGUGUUUGUGUGACGUUGAAUGUAAUCCAUGUUGUUGUCAAAAUGUGUUUAUGAUGUUAAUUUAUUCCUGUGUCAUUGCAAUUCUCUAAUCCUUGCCUGAGAAUUGCGCGUGUGCGUGUGAGAGUGUGCGUGUGAGAGUGUGCGUGCGUGUGUGUGUGUGUGUGUGUAUGCAUAAUCUCCUGUAAAUAAAUAAAGGUUUUAAUUGAACCUUGAUUGAAGUUUUACAUGGUUUUGUUUCCUCAGUGCAGUUCAACUAAGGAGACAUGUUUCAUUAACAUCACACGGAAACGUUUUUUUGAAGCGGUGAAGCUUUACGUCAUCCUGCGUCAGCAGAUGAAGUAG